AUGUCCGUUAAAUUGUUCGUUGGUGGUUUGUCGUGGGGAACCGAUGACAGUGCUCUGAGGUCUAGGUUUGAAGAAUAUGGCAACGUUGAAGAUGUUGUUGUCAUUCGUGAUCGUGACACUGGUAAGUUGUGUGUUUUGACCAAAGCUUGA